UGCUGGAUCCAACACUGCCUACACACAAAAUUACACCGAAGAAGUAGAAUAUUUUAACCAUAAGGACGUUCUAGUCGGGCAUGCAAGAGAUGAUGACAACUCCGAAGAAGGCCUUCACACCAUUCAUUCAGGAAGGCAUGAAUAUGCAUUCAGCUUUGAGCUUCCACAGAUGUGAAUCAAUUCAGAUCUUUGCUGAGAUUGAGAAUUGUUCUUCCCGUAUGGUGGUGCCAAAGGCAACCAUUUACCAAACGCAGGCAUUCUAUGCCAAAGGGAAAAUGAAGGAAGUCAGACAGCUUGUUGCCAACCUCCGUGGGGAAUCCUUGUCAUCUGGCAAAACAGAAACCUGGAAUGGCAAACAGUUGAAAAUUCCACCUGUUUCCCCUUCAAUCCUUGACUGUAGUAUAAUCCGUGUGGAGUAUUCACUGAUGGUAUAUGUUGAUAUUCCAGGAGCUGUGGAUUUAUUCCUUAACUUACCACUGGUCAUUGGUACUAUUCCUCUACAUCCAUUUGGUACCAGAACAUCAAGUGUAAGCAGCCAGGGUAGCAUGGACAUGAAUUGGCUUGGUCUGACUCUGCCUGAAAGACUAGAAGCACCUCCUAGCUAUGCAGAAGUGGUCACAGGGGAAAACAGACAGUCUGGUCUUGCACCUGUAACUGCUUUUGAUGAUUUUCAGAGAGCACUGCAAGGACCAUUAUUUGCAUACAUCCAGGAGUUUCGUUUUCUGCCUCCUCCUCUAUAUUCAGAAGUGCUUCAUGAGGUGCCCUGGCUUCUCCAUCAUGCGAUUUCCUGGAGCUGCCGACCUGGAAGGUAAUUUUUUCUUGGCAACACUUUUCCCUAGUCUAAUACUUCCUGGAAAUUUGCAAAGUGUUGUUUGCCAUUUUAGAAACAUAAUUUUUAAAAAUUUAUAUUUUAAAAAUAAGGUUUCGACUCUGUAACCUCUGCUGCUUCGUAACAUUUUAUAGCAACCACUCAACUGUUUUGCCUGCGUUUAUGUUUAAAUUCUGUGAAUGUAGGUUUUUUAGAAGUUUCAUGUAGAAAAGCAAUGUAUUGGUAUUAAUUUAUGACUUAAGUUUUCUGAAGUUCACAGUUCUUCAACACUUUUGACCUUCACAAAACUAAAAAUGCAACCACCGAAUAACCAUGAAUGAGAUGUAAAUUUCAAAGCUUUUCAGGUUGUUUUUAUUUUCUUUUUCAAGAAAAAGAAGUGAUAUAGGACAAAUGAAAAAAAGUGUCCUCUGGCCAAAUUUUGUCUGAAUUGAUCCACUUUAGGAAAAUAGCAUUAUGUAGCACAAUUCCCCCCCCCCCAGGUUUGAAAUGCAAAACAAAUCUGGCUAUAUCAAGUUAACUGAUUCAAUGUUGUCUAAAAGAUGCAAGGUAUACAUAAACUGUUCUUACAUCUAGAUUUUUAGACCUAAGUUACCAGGCUUGUACCCUUUAUUUCUCCUGUAGAGAGAAAGAAGUGGUAAGGUUUAGAACACAUGAACUUUUUGAAACAUCCCAUGGGAUAUUUGUGGAUUAACUACUUUAAUUUAAAAGUGGAAUUAUUUUUUUAUUAAUAAAUUUCUACUAUUUCAAGAAAAACUUAUUUACUUCUCUCAAUUAAAUAUUUCUUAAAUUAUGUUUCCAGUUAUAUGUGUCAAGUACAGUAAUUUCACAACCAUAA